AUGGGUAGCGAGGGUGUCCAGUCCCUGACGCAGCGGCUGCUGUCCUUGGAAGACAUUAUUCGGCAGCAGGAACAAACGAUCAGCGCGGUACUGCAGCGGCUGCGCGAUGUGGAGCAGUACGCCGCGGCGGAGUCGCGCAACCGCGAGCAGGCGCAGCAGCAGCUGCACGCGCUCCUCAGCGAUCGUGGCGGCGCCACCGCGGACACCGUCAAUCACAUGCAGACACUUUUGCAAAGUCACAGCGAUCGUCUCAGUGCGCUGCAGGCUGAGGUUCAGGGGCAGGGCGUGGCGUUGCGCGAAGUCAAGGACACAAACGAUGCGGCGUUCCGUGGAAUGGAGCAGCGUCUGCAGGCGGACGCCAAUGGGGCGCACCAGCGCGCCAAAGUCGGUGAGGCCGCGUCUGCUGAAGCUAUGCGCGCGAUUCAAGCGCAGCUGCAGAGCAUGGCGAGCGCGACGCAGGCCAUCGAAACUCGCAACCAUGAUAAUUUACUGGCGCUGCAGCAACAGCUGAGCGCCGAGCUCGCCGCGCAGCGCCAGCGAAGCGAAAACCUAGAGAGUGCCAUGCGCGAUGCAUUGCGCGACGUGCACGGGUCCCUUUCUGGUGAUGUGCAGAGCGCCGGUGCUCAACAGCGCGGUGAUCUGGAGGGCGCGGUGCAGCGCAUCAACCAGGAACUCGAGUCCCUCGACCAGCGUACGCGUAUCGACAUGAAUCAGCUACACCACGCCGAGCAGACUGACGUCAGCGACUUGAGGCGCCGCAUUGGCGAGCUGGAGUCCAGCUUGAGCGAGAUGGUCCAGGCUGCCACGAACGGGCUGGCGCGCGAGGUGGCGCAGGUAGCGCAACACAGCCAGAUGCAGGACAAGCGACAAGAAACAGCGCACCAGGCAAUCUUGCAGGAGCUCGCCAAGCACGACAGUCAGCUAGAGACCGUGGACCUCAAUUGGCGGGCGAGCGUUACAGACCUCAGCGCUAAGAUGCGCGAGGAUGUGGCUGCCACACAGCACCGUGCAACAGCUGGCGAUCAAGCGUUGCAGUCCCAGAUCGGUGCUGCACAGGAUCUCUUUGCUGCAGCAACGGACAAGCUACGCCGUGAUCUGACGGCGCUGGCUACAACCGUGCAGGAGAAUUGUGUAAAGCCACUCCAGCAGGCGCACCACACACUGGGCGUACAGGAGCAGCGCAUGAGCCGCAUCGCCGAUGACUACACCUCUAUGCAGGACUAUCUGAAGACGCUCGUAUCGCACGUCGACAAGGAUGUGACGCAGUUGAAGCAAGUUUUUGAGGCUGCGCUGCGAUCCGCGCACUCCGACCUACUGGAGCGCAUCAACCUCAUCGCAGCGGCGAACGCGAUAAACGACGACCGGGAGAUGCUCCGCGCGGAGGUGAAUUGUGGAUUGGGGAGGCUCUGGGAGGACGCCAAGAGCAUGUUUUUGACGCAGCGCAGCUUUAAUGAUAUCCAGAAACAGCUGUUGACCUUGGAGAGUGCCGUGCGCGUCGAGCUCUGCGCGCUGGCGGAGCGGAACACAGACGUCUGGCGCACAGUCGACGAGCUCCGCAUUGGGCGACUUCGCGCGGCCCACGAGCCGAUCACGUCAGUCAUAACCACCAGGGUAGCUCCGGGGAAAGGCCCCUCUCGCGAUUCAGCCGCCGCCGAUGCCGUCACCUCUGCUGUGACAACCCCUGUGGGAGGUUCUUCCUCCCGAGUGCCCCCGAAUCAAGUAUCGGCGGUGCAGGCAGAUGUCCCCAAGACAUCGCCAGAGCAGAUCAGGACUGCAGCAACCACCGCCAUUGUGGCGCCGCGGUCGUGGAUGUCGGCAAAGACGUCGCACGCCAGCUCCGAGGCGGCGACGGCGGAGGAGAUCUGCAGGGACAGCGAUGAACACAGCGAGCGUCUGCGGCAACAUGAGGAGGACAUCAAAAUGCUGCGGGCCUCCUUGCAACGACUACGCAUUGCGCAGGCGCAAGCGUUCAGCAAAUCGGCGAGCGCCACGCAGUGGAACAGCGCGUCACCAACGAGCACUGCAGCAGCCGCUACCGCCCAGGUCGAUGGCGCAUCCGGGGAGGCCAGGUCGGCCGCGCGAGAGACAGAAGAGUACGCCAAGGCUGCUGAGUUGGCGCAGGGCGAGAGUGUGCGCACGUCCAAAGAGCUUCGGCUUGCCACCCAACCGGUUGACAAGCUCGAAGAAUCCCUCCAGGUGCAGUUGGCAGAGCUUAAGGCCAUGCAAGAAGCUGCGGCACCUGUGCAGCAAGGGCAGCAUUCACAGUUGCCGCCGCUCUCAACGAGAAGCAAGGAGCCGGUGGCAGCGCCCUUCUCCCCAAAGGCCACAUUAUCACGCUCGGUAUCCUUCAGUGAUCUCGUCGUCAGGGAGAACGAAGCUGCGACACAUGAGGCAGAGGAGGAUGAACAUGGCGGUAGCGACGCUGUUGCCUCUACCGUGCCCUGCCCUCCGGAGAAGACAAAGACCCACACUAGUCUCUCUGCGGACGCCGUCGCGACACCGGCCGAUAACCUCGUCACGGUUCCCGGCACAUUGACCGGCGAAGUUUUCAUUUUGCGUCAAGACAUGCUCAACGUUACGCCGCCGGUCUCGGUGCGGAUGCGGCCAGCCACCACAGGCUCUGCCACAAUCCCGGCAACGCCCGUGGCCUCGUCGGACGCGCUUGUGAGGCCGAAUUUGAGAGAGGGCGUCGUGAAGAAGCCCGUUCCCAGUCGCGGCUCCACCUUGCCGGAGAUGCUGUUGCCCACUUGUCAAUUCGUGCGUAAACGCGAGUACGCCAACUUCAAAGACUUCACCAAGCGGGAGAUCGACGCCAUUUGGGUAGAACUGCUGAACGUGCGUCGUACCCGCGGUCUUUCGAAGGAAGAGCUGCUGCUGAACAUCAGCCAGAGCAAGGAGGAGAUGCUGAACACGGUACUCAAGAUUGUGCAGCAGCAGGAGAAAGAGCUGCUCGGCAUGCUGACCAGCAUGAAGGCUCAGCUCACGGAGAUAUAUCGCAACCCUCACUCGAUGCGGGAGAUUCGCGUGUUUCCUAUCGACGGCGGCCAGCACCUGGAGGAGUUUGUGCGCUCUCUCUCAGGCCAACUGAAGGACAUGCCAGUCACAGCCCAGCCGGCGCCUGCGUCAACUCCAAUCAACACCGCCGGGCCGUCCGAGGAUGGAGGGCAGAACACGUUGUCGCGACCAGCCGCACACGAGCUUGCCGAGCGGCGUACAGUAACGUCCCCCACGGCAGCCGUGGCGCCGCGUGGGCAGUCCCUGCUCUCUACACCGCGUGGCGACCAAGGUGGGGUAGACAUGUCACUCUCGAGCGCACCCUCUUCCUCGCCGAUGGAGCCGCAGCUCAUUCAUCCGAUGGUGCGCCGCCACGCCAGCCAUCCCGCCAUCAAACCCGAGUCGCAGGGGGUCUUGCACGUCAGCAUCGACGAGAUGGAGCCAUCGAAGCUCGACGGCAGCCCUCAGUGCACACCGUCACACUGCUUGGCGCCGAAGCGCGCAUCCUCGGCGGACCAGAAGCAGGAGCGGCAGUACACCGGGGCCACCUUCGUGAAUCCGAAAGCCAAGGCUCCUGCACAGCCCCUGUCCGAACCGGAAAACAUCAGGUCGCACUACCUCCCUGCUGGCAUGUCUUUGACGUCGGCGCAGCUGUCCCAGACCCAGCUACCGUUACCAUCAUCGACGCCUAUUGGAGCCGAGCCUCAUCUGCCGCUUGGUGGCUCCCCUUCGGCCGCUUCUGCUGACCCCCCUUCAGAGAGUGGUGGUGACCCCUCUUGCUAUGCCUCUUUGCAUGCAGAUCGCACCGGGGAGCCGUUGGACCUCCUGUGGAGACCGAGCGAUUCGGCCAUCCGUGGCUGUGCCAACGACGACCCGGUGCGCCACGUGAAAGGAGCAAACUCGCCGUACAGCCGGACGGGCAGCCCCAUUCACCUCAACCCGCUGCACGGGGUUGGAGUCACCAAUUCUCUGCCUCCUGUUGAGACGGAAGCUCGCCGCGCGUCGAUCGUGGUAGCUGUGCCUGGUACCCCGUCCGCCGCACAGUCUAUGGACGGCGGGUUGCAGCUCCUUGCUGACCUGGGACAACCAGAGGCAUGUGCGCUUCCGCAUCAACUUCUUCGAGACUCGUCUUGCUCGCGCGCGGCUGCUCAGGCGGAGAAGCCGGAUGCACCGCGGCAAAACGACGCGCCGCUUGAGAAGCACCACUUCUCCCACAUUCGCCAGGGGAGCGAGACCGACUACCAGUCGGUAGAGAGCAUGCGGCCGUCGCGCAGCGGCGCGCAGCGGCGGUCGACGGGCAGCAGAGUGCCCACUUCUGCCCUUGAAGAUGCUUCACCUUUGUACGCCAGAGAGCCAGGACAUCUCUACCAACGUCCGAACCCGAUGUGGAGGCAGCCGCAGCCCUACGCACCGCCUCACCAUCUUCCCUCGCCAGUGCCGCAACCGCAGCCACGCGACUACAGCCCGGCGCCAAACGACUGCAGCAGCUCGGAGCCGAUAGGCGUUGACCAGACGCAUCCACCAGCGCAGGUUUACUCACUUUCAUCCACUGAGACCAUUCAUCUAGGGCCCUACGGGAGGCCGGCAGGUGCCAACACUGGCGGCUGUAACGGGGGCAGCAGCGCGCGCGACGUGCACAGCACCCCUCAGUCGUUCAGCCCUACAACACAAGAGCAGCGCCGUUCCUCGGCGCAGCUGUCGUCGAAUGCGGUUUCGGUGCGUGUCCUCGGCGACCCUGUGAGCGGACCUGGCGACUCAAGCAGGCCGGACCAGUCCUCGGUGGCCAACAACCACCAGUAUCACGGGCGCUGA